CUCCCCAUUUUAUCGCUCUUUCUUUCUCGGAAAAAAAAAAUCAAGCAAAAAUGUCGAUGGAUUCUGUUGUUUCCAUUGGGUGGGAUGUCUUGAAGUGGGUAGUUGUUCCUGUCAAGCGCCAGUUCGGAUACGUGAUCUCCUCCAAGAGCUACGCCCAGGAUCUUCAGCAGGAAGUCGGGAAACUUGCGUACGAGGCUGAGAUGGUCCACAAUGCCGUCGAAGUGGCCAGAAACAAUUGCCGGAAUGUCUACAGUCAUGUCAUGGAGUGGCAGGCAAAGGCUGAGAAGGCCUUGAAGGAGGCGGGAGAGCUGUUGGGAGAGUUCGAAAAGGCAAGCAAGAGAUGCUGUUACGGGACUCUUCCCGACCCCAAUUGUCGCUAUCAGUUCAGCAGAAAGGCCAAGGAUAAGAUCGAACUCCUUCAGGGACUCGCUCGAGAAUGCAGUGAAUUCAGGGACAUCUCCUUCAUUGAUCCUGCUCCGGGGAAUGUCACUGCGGCCUCCGCUCCUUCUGCCAAGGACGAUGGCGUCUUCGAAUCCAGAGCUUCGAUCAAACGUAAAAUCAUAGCUGCUCUUGCUGAUAACCGCAACAGCGUGGUUGGGGUUCAUGGGAUGGGCGGGACCGGCAAGUCCACCCUUUUGGAAGAGGUUGAAAGAAGAAUAAGGGAAGAGAGGUCGUUCGAUCUGGUCGCUAAGGCCGACGUGUCGGAAAAUCCAGACAUCAAGAGGAUUCAAGAAGAGAUCGCGUACGGGUUGGGCCUUAGUGACAUAAAGCAGGAAGAGAAUGUCAGCUUGCGAGCGAAGCUUCUGCGCGAGAGGCUAGAAGAUGAGGAGAGGACGAAACAAGAAAAUGAUGAGGGGAAGAAGAAGAAGAAGAAGGUGCUCAUAAUACUGGACAACCUGUGGAAAGGGCUUGACUUGAAGUCAGUAGGCAUUCCUUGCGGACACGACAAUAAAGUCAUAGGAUGCAAGUUGCUGUUGACGUCAAGAUUUCAAGAUGUUUUGCGAAGGGAAAUGGGCUGCGACAGGGACUUCCUCCUCGAUGCGCUGAAGGAGGAAGAGGCAAAAAGAUUGUUUGAGAGGACGGUGGGCGACAAAGUUCAUCACGAUCCGUUCAAAUCCCUGGUGGAUGAAGCCCUCAACAAAUGUGCAGGUUUGCCUUUCCUAAUUAUUGCAAUGGCGAAUGUUUUUAGAGACGCCGAUUUUCGCGAAUGGAAGGAUGUUUUGAGACAAAUUGAGAUGUCUACCAACAAAGGAAUCGAUGAAAAAAUAAACGAGAUGCUGCGCUUGAGCUAUAAUCGUUUCAAAGGGGAAGAUGGCAAGGAGGUGACGUCAUUGUUACGGCUAUGUGUCGUUUAUGGUGUCUCUAAGCCCUCUCUUGAAAACUUGGUGAGGUAUGGCGUGGGUUCGAGGUUAUUUCGAGAAGAUAGCAGCAUGGAAGAAGUGAGAGACAGGUUGAGCUCACUGAUCCAAACCCUGAAAGCCUCCUCCUUUCUGUUAGCAGACGAGACAGAUGCUGAUGUUUUCAAGAUACACGACUUGGUUCGUGGAUUCGUUGCCUCGGUAGCUUCAAGAGAUGACCCUCUUCUGGUGUUGAAAAAUCAUGAUAAGUCGGUGACAGAGUUGCCGAAGGACAAGCUCAAAAGUUGCACAUCGGUAUGCUUUCCCUAUGUCGACAUGGAGGAGCUUCCUGAAGAGUUAGAUUGCCCUGAAAUGCGGAUCUUUUUGUUGUUCACAAAUAAUGAAUCUCUUAAGGUCCCAGUCUCAUGUUUCAACUCUAUGAGAAAACUCAUGGUCUUACAUCUUUCUCGGGUGCGGCUCACUCGUUCACCUUCGCCGUUCCAGUUCUUGGAGAACUUACACACCCUGUGCCUAAAUGAUUGCUCGUUAGAGGAUGUAGCCAUGAUCAGCGAGCUAAAACGGCUAUGUGUUCUCAGCUUUGCGAACUCCAAAAUUCAACGAUUGCCAAAAGAAAUUGGACAAUUGGUGGAGUUGCGGUUGUUAGACUUAAACCAUUGCUCAAAACUUGAGAUGAUUGAACCGGGUGUGCUUGGGAGCUUGAUGAAAUUGGAGGAGUUGUAUAUGGAGAAUAGUUUUGAUCGUUGGAAUGCCGUGGAGCAAACUCCGCCAACUAAUGCCGGGCUCAUUGAGUUGAACAAAUUGAAGAAUCUCUAUACUUUGCAUGUGUCCAUUCUCGAUCCGAGUGUGCUCCCGGAGGAUCUAAACGUUGAGAAGCUAACCAAGUACCAAAUCCGGAUAGGUGAUGUGCCAUGCCAGCGAAUUCGCAAUGGAUCGAGCAUAUUGGAGCUUACGUUGGAUCCAAUAAGCGAUAUUCUUCAGAAAGGAUGCAUACAAACUUUAUUAGGCAAAACUGAUGAUCUCUUUUUAGGUGGAUUAAAUGGAAUUGAGCAGACUAUUUGCGUGUUAUCCCAAAAAGGCUUUUCGAAAUUAAAGCACCUACAAGUCAAAAAUAGUUCCUCUGUCCAUUACGUCCUCCAAUCUCCAUCACAUACGGAGUUUAAGAUGUUGGAGUCGUUACUUCUCGAUAACCUCAUCAACUUGGAGAAGAUAUGCAACAACCAUAUCUCCUCCAAUUCCUUCAAUGCAUUAAAGGUAGUACGAGUUGAAAACUGCAACAAGAUGGAAGUUUUGUUUCCUCUUUCAUUGUUGAGAGAACUUCCACAGCUUGAAGAAAUGCGAGUUGUUGAGUGCCACUUAAUGCGGGAGAUUGUAGAAGUUGAUGAUAGUGGAAAAGUUGAGUUGCGAAAUUUGCGGGCAUUGGAAUUGCGUGACUUGCCAAAUAUCAAGAAUUUUGUCACUAACGGGACGGCUCCUUCAAGUAGUACAUCAAAUGACCAAGUUGGCCCUCAAAUUGCAUUCUUCAAUGGGCAACAGGUUGCGUUUCCUAGCUUGGAGACAUUACGCAUUUGGUUUGUGGAUAGUAUUGAUAUAAUAUGGGACAAGCAAGUUGUUGCGGAGUCUUUCCGCGAACUAAAGUCACUCAGCAUUUAUGGAUGCGACAAGCUCGGAUUAUCAAAGCUAAAGCGUGUAUGGGAUAAGGAACUUCACAGUCAAGUCAAAUUCCAGUGUCUCCAUUCUGUUACCGUUUCCAGAUGCGAUAGCCUCACCUCUCUGUUUCCAGCUUCAUUAGCUCGGGAUCUAAUGCAACUUGAGGAGUUGAAGAUGAAUGAAUGUGGUGGCAUUGUGGAACUCAUCGAGAAGGAAGGACUAGUUCCUAGGGAUGUGUUCCCUAAGUUAACCUCCCUCGAGCUUAACCAUCUACCAGAGUUGAAAUGCAUCUACACAGGAACACAUGCUUUACGUUGGCCGGCAUUGAAGACCUUGAAGAUGGAUGGCUAUAACAAAGUGGAGAUAUUUGCUUCGCAACCUGAGAAUGAGAUGCCACUUCAUAAACAACCUCUCUUCUUGAUAGAAAAGGGCGCAUUCUCAAAUCUGCAAGAGUUAAAAUUGGACUUAUGUGGACGGAUGGAGUUGUGGCAUGGGCAUUCUCAUGGCGGAGAGUUCUUCUGCAAGGUUAGAGUUCUCGAGCUUCGUCAUUUCUCGAAGGAAUCUGCAAUAUCCACAUGUCGUCUUGUUCGGAGUUUAGCCAACUUGCAAGAGCUGGUUGUACGCAAUUCUGACAUAGAAGAGCUAAGCAACAUUGUGGAAGCCAAAGAAGGCCCAAGGCACGAGCUAAAAGUAAUACCACCAUUUUCCAGAUCUUUUCAACAUCUCAAGACUCUAGAUGUGUCAUUUUGUGAUGGGUUAUCAAAGAUGUUCACACCGACAAUAGCUGGAAAUUUGGCGGAACUCACGAAAUUGAGGAUAAGUAAAUGCAAAAUGCUGACAGAAAUCAUUUGUGACGAUGGAGGUGAGGAGGGGCUUGUGGUGGUUUUCAAUCAAUUGAAGUAUAUGGAGCUUGAUGGGUUGACGGGGCUGAGAUUUUUCAGCUCAAGUAAAUGCACUUUGAUGUUCCCACUCUUGGAAGAUGUCAUUGUGAGUGGAUGUCCCAGCAUGAAGUUCUUCUCUGAGGGACCAAUAAAUACGCCAAAGUUGGAGAGAUUACAAGCAUCAACAGAAGCAUGGCUACGGUUGCCGGAGUAA